AUGCAAUUCACGACAGCUUUCGUUGCCCUCGCCAGCUUAGCGGCAACAUGUCUAGCUGCCCCUGUACCACAGUCUGUCCCGGCGAAGGACAACAGCGGCGGGCGGUUCGUUCUUGAUGGCGCACAGUGCAGUCCAGUCCAGGGACGGCUCGUUUGUGACGAUGGUCUAGGAAACACAUUGUAG